AUGCGUGUUGGACAAACAAUUUGGUCUGAAAAAGAUUUGAAUUCAACAACAAGUUCAUUAAUUUGUUCAAGAACAUCAACUACUUUAAAAAACUUUCAUUCCGAUACUGAAUUAAAUCAUAGUUUUGAUGAGAAUGAACAUGAAAAUGAUAAAUGUUCGAUUAAUUCAAGUAAAAAACUUUUUUCCAAUAUUAAUUUUCGUAGUCGAAUUUAUAAAAAACAUCAAUUUAUAUUAAAUAAUGGUACAAUAAAAACAACUUAUUUUUUUCUUACAACAGAAAUAUCCGUAGAUGAUCAUGGUCCAUUCUGGCCCCUAGCAUGUCCUAUGAAACAUUUAGCACCAUCAUUUUCAUUUUUAUUACGAAAUGAAAAUCAACUGUCUUCUAAAAAAUAUUAUUAUUUACAUAAUGAACAUUUCUUAGGUACAAAACAUCAACAAACAUUCGAUAAUCAACCAGCUCUACAGAAAUAUACUGAUGCAUUUAAACAUCCAACUGUUAUUUAUGAUAUGGAUAAAACAUCAAGAAAACAAGAACCAAAACCAAUUGAAAAUGAAUUAAUAUGUCCACCAUUAAUAUUUGAAUCACGUUUUGAAGGUGGUAAUUUACGACAUGUAAAACGUGUAGGACAAUUUGAAUAUGAACUUGUACUUCGACCUGAUCUCUAUACGAAACGACAUACACAAUGGUAUUAUUUUCGUGUACAAAAUAUGAUUGCAAAUGUAACAUAUCGUUUACGAAUUAUUAAUUUAAUGAAAAAAGGCAGUCUUUAUAAUGAAGGCAUGAGAAUUCUUAUGUUUUCUGAAUUGGCUAAAAAACGAGAAUUACAAGGUUGGCAUCGUGUUGGUCAUCAUAUUAAUUAUUGUGAACAUAGACAACGUAGUUAUAAUUCUCUUCUCGAACGAGAUAUUAAUUAUUAUGAACUUGAUUUUCAACUUGAAUUUUUCUAUUCGGGCGAUACAUGUUAUAUAGCACAUUGUUAUCCAUAUACAUUCACAGAUCUUAAAGAUGAUUUAGAUUAUUUAUCAUCAACAAGACCACGAGAUAUAUUUCGUCGUGAUAUUUUAUGUGAAUCUCAAGCAGGAAAUUCAUGUUUUAUUAUUACAGUUACUGAUGAAUCUGUACCAAUAAAACAAAAAAAAUUUGUUUUUAUAACAGCACGAAUACAUCCUGGUGAAACAAAUUCAAGUUAUAUGAUGCGUGGUUUACUUGAAUUUGUUACAUCAGAUGAUGAAAUAGCUAAAAGAUUACGUUCACAAUUAGUAUUCAAAAUUGUACCAAUGCUCAAUCCUGAUGGUGUUAUUAUUGGUAAUUAUCGUUGUUCACUAACAGGAAAAGAUAUGAAUCGUAAUUUUCGUCAUCCACAUAAACAAAGCUUCCCAACAAUUUAUCAUGUUAAACAAUUAAUACAAAGUCUACAGAAAGAACAACGUGAAAUUUUAGCGUUUUGUGAUUUACAUGGUCAUAGUCGAAAAUCGAAUGUAUUUGCUUAUGGUUGUGAUGGAUGUGAUGGACCACAACCGGAUAUGAAAAGUUUUUUAAGUGCUCGUGUUCUUCCAUUCUUAAUGUCGAAAACGGCACCGGAUAUGUUUGCGUUUGAUUAUUGUAAAUUUCAUGUUCAUCGAUGUAAAGAAUCUACAGGACGUGUUGUUAUGUGGAAAGAAAUGUUAAUAAAAAAUAGUUUUACAUUAGAAGCUUCAUUUGCAGGAUCAAGUAUUGUAAAUAAACCAUGUCAUUUCAAUAUCCAAGAUUAUGAAAAAUUUGGGCAAUCUAUAUGUGAAUCAUUAAGACAAUAUUUAGAUAUUCUAUCUGAUACAAAACGAAUGGAUUCAAUCUAUUUGGAUAUUACAAAAUGUGUUUUUCGUAAAUUAGGAAAAGAUAAAGUUCCUCCAGCAUUAUUACCUCUUAUAUAUCCAGAAGGAAAACAAGGAAAUGAUUCAACGACAUCGAUUAUUUCAAUAUCUGAUUGUUUACAAGCUUUAACACAAUGUCAUAAAACUAUUUAUGAACAAGAUGCAUCAACUUCUGAAGAUUCAGAUAGUGAUCCUGAAGGUGGUGAAUUACCUGAAUUACCAUAUCAAAAAGAACUUGAAGCAAAGGAAGCAGAAGCAGAACUCAGGAAAAAACAAAUAAAAAAGAAACGAUCAGAAAAAGCGAUUGAAGAACGUAUACAAAAAUUAACUCGUAAACGAGAGCCAUCUGAAGAAAUUCCUGUUAAUACUAAUAAUGAGACUCUUCAACGUCAUCGAAUACGUAUAACGCAUCCAUUGCCAGCUGAAACACUUGAAGCGACUCAAGAAUCAAAACUUACACUUGCUGUUGAUCAGAUGGAUAAAGCAAGUCGACUAUUGCCAACGAGAGGAAGUUUAUUUACAAGUAAAUAUGCUAAUCGAACUGGACAUGGUCUACCAAUAUUUAGUACUGAACGAGCAUUAGAACGAAAACAGAAAAAAAUCAAUGCUAUGAUUCAAGACUUUCAGGCAAAUGAUUACGAUGCUGAUAGUGAACAGAAUGUAUUCACUAUACGAGAACAGUCACAAUUGGAAACAUCAUCGAAUAUUGAUCAACAUACAUCAUCAACAAAUAUUAUACCCAAACGAACAGCUUCAAUGAUUUCUUUAACUCUAAAUGAUAUUCUAUCUCCAAUGAAUGAUGGACCGAUUUCAACAAUUAGUGGAACAUAUGUAACACAACCAUCAAUAUCGAAAACAUUACCAAUACGUCGAUUACAUGCUGAACGUCGUUUACAAACACAACAACGAGAACAAAAUAGAUUGACAUAUGAUAAUGAAACUAAUCUUAUGGAAUUAAACACAUCUAUGUCACCUCUUCUAAAUCUUUCUACAUCAAUUAAUGGUGGUGAUACAUCAGUUAUGGAAUUAUCAAAUAGAUAUUCAUAUGACACACAAAUGGAUUCAAAUGGUAUUAAUCAUCAUCGUUUAUAUACUCUACCUGAUAAUUUACUUAGUCCAAUGUCAAAAACUGAAAUGCCUUUAUUACGAACUGGUAUGAAUUCAAAAAUGUUACCAGCGUUAAGUAAUAAUAUCCUUCAUAAAAGAGUACCGAAAUUCAAACCAAAUAUUUAUACGACACAACAAAUUUUAGCUGCAAUUGAACCUUUACCAAAAGAACAAUCUACUAAUAAUAUUCCUAAUGAAAAUGCACCUCAAUUAAAUGCCAUGGAUCGUGUUAAUCAGAUAAUUCACCAACUUCAUCUUCCACCAGACAAAAAUAAACGAUCAUAA